UCAGGACAGUUCAAUGAAGACAUGAUCCCGACAGUGGGCUUCAACAUGAGGAAGAUCACCAAGGGGAAUGUUACCAUAAAGCUCUGGGACAUUGGUGGCCAGCCACGGUUUCGCAGCAUGUGGGAGCGGUACUGCCGUGGAGUGAGUGCCAUCGUGUACAUGGUGGAUGCUGCCGACCAGGAGAAGAUAGAGGCCUCCAAGAAUGAACUGCACAAUUUGCUCGACAAGCCGCAGCUCCAGGGCAUCCCGGUCCUAGUCCUGGGGAACAAGCGAGACCUGCCCGGUGCCUUGGAUGAGAAGGAGCUCAUUGAGAAAAUGAACCUCUCUGCCAUCCAGGACCGAGAAAUUUGUUGCUACUCCAUCUCCUGCAAAGAAAAGGACAACAUCGACAUCACCCUACAGUGGCUUAUCCAGCACUCAAAGUCUAGGAGAAGCUGAGAUCCUGCGGACUGCAGCUCAGAUCGGGAAGAUGCCAUUGUACAAGCCCAUGCCCCUUUUCUCUCCUGCUCUGUCCCUCCAGCUCUCUCUCUAGAUGGGUAUUUUUAGGGGACCCCAAACUCCUCUCGCAUUGAGGUGGAGCCCUUGUUUUUAUUGUAAAGAAUAUGUCCGACUGCCCUCCUCUCCUCUCUGUCUCUUCUUCCCAUUUUGACACUGUUCUGUUGUUGUCUGUGUAUACAGUAUAUAUAUAUAUGUAUAUAUAUUUUAAUUUUUUAAUUUAAGCGAUAGCGCUGUUACUAAACUGGGCCCUGUGAGCAGUAGGAAGGCUGUGGGCUCCCCGAGGCCGGUCGAGGGUCAGCGCUGGGAGAAAGAUGAGGGUGGUGGCAGAAGGCAGCCCCUCGGGGAUGGGGCUGUGUCAGGCUGCGGGCAGGUCCCUUGGGGCUCCGUUCUCCCUUCUCUGGGUGUCCUGCCUGUACCCCUGGGGAAGAGAGUGUCCUGGGGAUGUCAGGAGCAUGCCCACCUUCCUCUUCCUUGGGCUUCAGCCCCAUGGGCAGGGUUUGGGGUGGAGGUGAUGCCGCCCCCCAUGUUCCUUGCCCCUGUGGGGGGACAGGGAUUAGUCACAACCUGCUGUGAUCAGCCUCCCCCCCUUGCCUCCACCUGCUGUGCCACUGCCCCAGCCUCUCUUGCCCUCUCUUGGUCACUUGUCCACCUCUCCCAUGUUCCCCCUGGCCCCUGUGCCUGUGCCAGAUCCUGCCCUGUUGCCCAGUCCUGCUGCUCUGCUGUGCUGGGGUGGCCAUCCAAGGGGGCUGCCACCAGAGCUGGAUGGGGGGGCUCAGCAGUCCCUGCGGGGAGCCAGGGGCUCCCUCCUGCCUCCUCCCUGCCCCAGCCACCCCUGGAGGUGGCUCAGCCCUGUGUAGCCUCUCAGGGCGGCCGCACUGCUCCCCACGUGCCAGCAGGCAUUGCCUGUACCCGGCUGGGGGCUGCAGGCUCUGCCCCGGCCGAGGACAUGGUGGGGACACCAGGGAGGGGGGUGUACAUGGAGACAUGCAGAGACACACGCGGCGCUGUGAGAGCCCCUGUGUGCCCACAACGCUGCCCGCUGGAGCUGGGGGGUGGUCCCCAUGCCCUGCUCCCCACACCGGCCCCCAGCUCUGCUCCCCUGGCGGGGGACAUGGGGAGGGGGGGCUGAGUGGGGCAUGGUUGGGUCCUUGUCUGCAGGUGGGGAGAGGGCGAGAGGAAAUUUGGGGCAGGGGUGGUCAGGAAGGUUGUGCUGUCUGUGCCAUGUGAUGAGUUGUUGGGUCUCUGCAGGCAUCACCUGGGGGCCUGGCCAGGUUGUUUGGGGCCAGUCCUGGGGGGGACACUUAGUUGAGCUAGGGGGGACAUGCUGGCGUCAGGAAGGUGGGUGUGUAGUGGGGUCAAGUCAGUGGCACAGCAGGGAGGCGGUGGCCCAGGGACAGGGGUCUGCAGGGCCCCUCUCCCAACCCCUUCCCCUGCUCGGCUCGGCUCUGUUCUCGUUUUUGCAGAAUUGCACAAAGAGAGAUUUCCUUUUUCUUUUUUUUUUUUUUUUUUUAAUUCCUUUUUUUUUUUUUUUAAGAGAUAUUUUGGCUCAGAUUCGACCUCUGUUCGGAAAUGAUUCUUGUAACUGUACAAUUUUUUUGCCUCCUAAUAAUAAUAAAUUAACAAUUUUGCGUUG